AUUACAAUCUUACAAUCUUAAAUGAAGUAUUCAAAUAUUUUAAAAUAAAAACUUAACCAUUUGUUCACACACUUUAAGGACGAGAAGCAGGAUGUGCCAGAGGUAAAGGAGGCUCAAUGCAUAUGUAUUCAUCUAACUUCUUUGGAGGAAAUGGAAUUGUAGGUGCUCAGGUACCAUUAGGUGCAGGAAUUGCAUUUGGUUUAAAAUAUCUUGAUAAAGAUGACAUAUGCCUUGCAUUAUAUGGAGAUGGUGCUGCAAAUCAAGGCCAAGUUUUUGAAGCGUAUAAUAUUGCUAAAUUAUGGAAUCUCCCUGUAAUAUUUAUAUGUGAAAAUAAUGGUUAUGGAAUGGGAACGAGUGCUGAUAGGGCUGCAGCUUCCACGGAUUAUUAUACUAGAGGUGAUUACAUACCAGGUAUUUGGGUAGAUGGUAUGGAUAUUUUAGCUGUAAGAGAAGCAACUUUCUUUGGUGCAGAGUUAUGUAGAUCUGGAAAGGGUCCGCUAGUCAUGGAAGUUGCAACUUACCGUUACCACGGUCACAGUAUGAGUGAUCCUGGAACCAGUUAUCGAACCAGAGAAGAAAUUCAAGAAGUGAGACAAACUCGUGAUCCGAUCACUUCUUUUAGAGAAAAAAUAAUUACUGCCAAUCUUGUCACCAGUGAGGAAUUAAAGAAAAUUGAACAGGAUGUUCGUAAAGAAGUUGAAGAAGCUACAGAAGUAGCAAAAUCAUCUAAAGAAAUUCCAUUGGAAGAGAUGUUUGCAGAUAUUUAUGUAGAGCCUAUAAAACAAAAAAUCAGAGGAGUGACACCUUUUACAGAACAUACACACAAAAGAAUUUCAACACCAUUGAAUGCUAAGUGAUUCAGAUUAAUUUAACUUUAAUUAAUUAUGCAGAAGAAGAAAGAAAAUAUGUAAUUAGAAUGUAAAAGUUUUUUAUCUUUAAAAUGUCCAGAUGGAAACUAUUUAAAAAUUGUUUCUAUCUAAUUAAAGUGUUAUAUAUGUGAA